GGCAGCCGCAUCCUUGCAUCAACGUGGCGGCGGACAUGGCGGUUUACGAUGCCGUUGACGAGUUGACGACGAGCCAAGUGUACUUGUGGCUAGGAGUCGUCGGAGCUAUUGUGCACUUCGUCACCAUCUCGUCGUACUUGGUCUUCCCGCAGCUCAAAACGCAGCAUCCAUCGGCAAAUCUCAUGGUGUGGCAUGUUGCGUGCAACUUCAUGCUGACACUCGGUUUUGUGGGCCAAUAUUUCGUUCAGGGGGAUCAUGGCCUCACCGACGAAGACUGCGCCAUCCUGUCCUUGUACAACCAGUUUUUCAUCCUUGGUAGUGGUUUGUGGUACAUGAUGCUGUCCCUGGACCUUCUCGUGGCGCUUAUCAAUCCAUGGAUGGGGUAUUCCAUCAAGACGUGGGCGUACCACACAAUCACGUGGUCCAUCAGCAGCUUCUCCGCGGCGAGCAUCUACUCGCUCCACUUGUAUGGCCUGUCCUCGUUGAAUCUGUGCUGGAUCCAGCGGACCAAGGACGCGACCGAGCCCAACGACGCGAACUGGGUCUUUCUCUUUGGCCCUGUCAUCGUCGUCUGGUUCGUUUCGUUUGCAGUGCUACUCUUUGCCACGUUUCGGUUUGCGCGGCGUCAAAUGGACUCGACGUACCGAUCGAAGCGCCGCAGUCUGCUGCAGUACUUUCGAUACUUGAUCAUGUACGGCGCGUUCUGGGUCACGUGCGGCGCGCUGUACUACUCCGACUACCUUCACGCGUUCACAGGCCGAUCGGCGCACCAUAUCCAGCUCGCGUUUGCGGUCGCAUUUGGAUCGUACCCACUCCUUGUGUGCCUCGUUUGGGCCGUCAAUACGGACUUGUUUACGCACUUGCAUGGCGGGGAAGCUCCGUCGACGACAGAGCCCAACAUCGCACUCACGGAACACUUCAGCACGUCUCUCCGGAAGGACCUGAUGAAGUAUACGACUGUUGGUAUCAUCCGCAGCUUGCGGGAAGCGUCCGAGGACUCGCCCGUUCGUCGGCUGGACAAAACCCGCGCUCAACACUUGUCGGACCCGAGCAUCACGUGUCCCCGCACCACGCGAUCGCAAAGCUUAAGCUGCCUUUCCGCCCGGUCCGACGAUUUUGAAGACGGCAUGGGCUCCCAUUUGUGGUAUGCCGAGAAGAAGCGACUUGCGACAACCGUGCGCCUCAACACGUCCAAGCUCAAAGUGUACUACGAGAAGCUUGGGUUCACGGACUACGCGCCGCGGGUGUUUGCCAACCUCCGCGCGAUCGCUGGAAUCGAACCGAUGUCGUACGAGACGAGUUUUGUCGGGACGUUGAGCGAAAUUGCGUCCGAGGGCAAGUCGGGCAUGCUCUUUUACUUUACGAGCGACCGGCGGUACAUCGUGAAGACGAUGACGAAGGACGAGCACGCGUUCCUCCUGCAUAUCUUGCCGUCGUACCACGCGUACGUUCGCACGCAGCCGUCGACGUUGCUAUGUCGAUUCCUCGGCUGCCACAGCAUGCAGCUGCCCGUGGGAUGGGACAAGAUGUUCUUCGUCGUGAUGGAGAACGUCUUGAGUACGCACAACCCAAUCGACGAGCGAUACGAUCUCAAGGGUCUCUUCGCCCCCGUGCUGCACCCGCCAUUGCGUGUAUAUAUGAAAGACGCCCCCGACACCACGGCGCGGCUGGUCAGUCCGUCGUUUCUGCGGUCCACUGCCUCCACCAAGACCCAGUUGUGGCAUGAUCACGAGUUUGUCUCAAGAGGAACGUACCUCCACGUCGUGUCAGGCGUCCGACUCGAGCUGCUCACGCAAAUAACGAGCGACGUCGGGUUUCUACAAGAGAUGGGCAUCAUGGACUACAGCUGCAUCCUCGGCAUUCGAGAUUUUGACGCCGAGACCGAAUCGAAGCACCUGCUGCCCAAAAACGCAAUCGUGUCGGCCGAUUCGAAACACGUGUACUACAUUGGAUUCAUCGACAUUUUGCAAUUCUACGGGCUGCGGUGGAAGGUGCAGAACCUCGUGUUGUCGAUUGUACGCGACAAGCGAACGAUCACGGCGCUGCCGCCACCCGAAUACGCCCUCCGCUUUCUGAGCUUUCUGCACGCGCACCUCCUUCGGUCCAACGCGGACGGCUCCGCGUCGAAUAAGUCGAUGACGACCCGGUCGUCGUUCAACUAUGGGUCGAUUUGACAAGGACGCCCCAUGUGUGUGUGAAACAGUGUGCGUCCCCACUUGUGUUCGCACGUGACGGCCGCCGUCCUCGCCGCCACAACAAGCCGUUCCCAUUCGUGGUCGAAACGCUUCAGUUGAAAAAUGUCAAAACACGGCUCGAUUGCAUCACCA